AUGGUGAAAUGUAGCACGGCAACGCUUGGCAAACAUGAUAAGAAACUAAAAAAUGAAAAAGCAAGUUUAUCUGAUGAAACUGUUGAUGAAAGAGGUUUAGUAAAAGAAAAAAUCAAAUGGAAAGAUAUCACUAAAGAGCAUGCAUCUUACUGUGUAGCAUCAAAAGACAUUAAACAAUUUUCAGGCAACGUUCUGGGGUAUGUGACACCAUGGAAUAACCAUGGCUAUGACACUGCCAAAAUAUUUGGUGGAAAGUUUGAAUUCAUAAGUCCAGUUUGGCUUCAGAUUCACAGAAAACCUGGUGGCCAGUUUACUAUGGGUGGUGCUCAUGACAUUGACAAGGGAUGGAUGAAAGAUGUGAAAAAGGACCGGCAUACAAAAAUUCUACCAAGAAUAUUAUUUGAGAAGUGGACUAGCAAUGAUUAUAGAGCUUUGUUUACAGAUGAGGAUGUUGUUGAAGAUUGCAUCAGUUUUAUUCUGAACUUCCUCAAAAAGAAUAAGUUUGAUGGCAUGGUUUUAGAAAUUUGGUCCUCUCUCGGAGGAACCAAUCGGAAUGAACUCAUCCAUUUUAUCAAUCAUGUUGCAGACUUUUUCCAUGAUGCCAAAAAGACAUUUAUUUUGGUUCUACCUCCUCCAAUUUAUGCAGGUAACAAUCCAGGACUGAUAUCAAAAGCUAAUUUUGAUGACUUUUCUGACAAAAUUGAUGGAUUUAGUUUAAUGACUUAUGAUUAUUCAUCUGUAAUAAAUCCUGGUCCCAAUGCUCCAAUAGAUUGGGUUAGAAAAUGUGUUGAAAUAUUGGUUCCAGAUGACUCUGGAUUGAGAAAAAAGGUUCUGUUGGGUCUGAAUUUUUAUGGCUACCGAUACUCCAAUAUGGGCGAGGUUGAAGCAAUUGUUGGAUCAACCUAUAUGGAGACAUUGAAACUGAAAAAGCCCAAAUUAGUCUGGCACGAAGACCAUAAAGAACAUUCAAUGAUUGUGAAAAAAGAUAUAGGAAAUGACAAUGUUUGGUUUCCAUCUUUGAAAUCUAUUCAAGAAAGACUUGACUUAGCUAGAGAACUAAAUACUGGUAUAUCUAUCUGGGAAAUUGGUCAAGGAUUGGAUUAUUUCUUUGAUUUGCUUUAG